AUGUUGUUAGUGUUUUCAUUCAGCAAGACAGUAAAAUUCUUUCCCGCCAUCGUACAGACAGCGAAACGGUUGGUCGACGCUGCUAGGAUUCUUGAGAUACCCAUUAUCGUCACCGAGCAGUACCCGAAAGGACUUGGACGGACCACUCCUGAAUUGGGACUUGAUGAUAUCAGGAAGUACGAGAAAACCAAAUUUUCGAUGUGUGUACCGGAGUUAGAUUCAAUGCUAAAUUCUACUGAGAACAUAGUACUGGUUGGAAUUGAAGCCCAUGCAUGCGUCCUUCAAACCACAUUUGAUCUUCUUGAGAAGGGAAAGAACGUACAUGUGGUGGUGGAUGCAGUGAGUUCGAGGUCUCUUACGGACAGGUGA